CUCAGACACAGAAGCUGGGAAAUGCUUGUCACCCCAAAUAUCACAGCAAUGGACUAUACCACCCCGAAUGAUGACGGUUUCAGCUACGAUUACUAUGACAACACCUCUGAUUUCCUCAACCUCGGUUUCAACUUCGACGACUAUGACAACACCUCUGAUUUCCACAACCUAUCGGACUUUGGUGGCUGGUGUGAGGCUGAUGAGCAGGCAUUCACCAUCAGGAUGUUCCAGACCUGCGUUUUCUGUGUGAUCUUCAUCCUGGGAGUAAUGGGAAACGGCCUGGUAAUCGCCACCUUUUCCCUCUACCGCCGCUUUCGCCUUCGCUCCAUGACCGACGUCUUCCUGUUGCACCUGGCGCUGGCUGACCUCCUCCUGCUGCUCACACUUCCUCUGCAGGCCACCGACACUCACCUUGGAUGGAUCUUCCCGAGUCUCCUCUGCAAAGCCACGCGUGCAUGCUACGCUAUCAACACCUACAGCGGGUUACUGCUGCUGGCCUGCAUCAGCGUUGACCGCUACAUGGUGGUCGCACGAGCCCAAGAGAUGCUCAGGUUGCGCACCCAGAUAUUGACAGGUGGAAAGAUCGCUGCUGUAUGCGUGUGGUUUGUUGCCGUGCUCCUCAGCCUUCCUGAAAUCCUGUUUUCUGGAGUGUCCGUCUCGGGGAUUGACAAUGACACGCACUGUGUUAUGAAGAUAAGUGGAGGGGUCAAAAUGGCCACCAAUGGAGCCAUUAUAAGUAUCUUCUGCUUGUCUUUAAUAGUAAUGGUGACUUGCUACUCUUUGAUUGCUAAAGUUCUGUGGGAGGGACGUGGAUUUCGGCGGGGUACCUUGCACCGACAGCGUACGUUGAAGUUGAUGGUAGCUCUGGUGUUUGUUUUCCUGGUCUUCCAGCUGCCUUACACUGUGGUGCUCUUACACAAAAUGACAGGUCCAUUUUGCGGCCUCCUUUUGGAAUAUGUCACCUGUACGUUAGCAUACAUGCGCUGUUGCCUAAACCCAAUCCUUUACGCUCUGGUAGGUGUGCGCUUCCGAAAUGAUGUACUAAAGCUCAUCCAUGACGCAGGCUGUCCAUGCGGGCCUCAACUGGCGCCCGGAACAACCAGCUCUACUUCCAUAUCUCCUUCUCCACCUGGUCUCACAGUGGUAUCACCUUGUUCUCCGACAUCCUCUGACCGACAUUUUACCAAUUUCAAGUUUUAGUUUCCACUCACCAAGCGAUAUUUCUUGCCGUGGACUACAACACGUGGAGUUUCUUUAUUUUAUGGUAUGUUUUGGCCACUUGAGGGCAGUAGAGGCAUCCGUCACACCUAGUUUCCCGCGUGUUUAUGUAAAUGACAGAUGUAUAUAAUGUCAGUGUUUGAAAACUAAACAUGCAUAUGUAAUAUCUACAUUUCUUGCUAUUUAUGUUAUGUUAUGUUUUGUUUUUUUUACCACUUGUGUCAGUAAUGAUCUGGAUGUUUUGUUUUGGGCACUGACAGCAUUUAGUUGGGUUAAUUAAAAAGUCGCUCAUAAUGUCUCAUAAUGUUUCCUCGAGCCCAAACCAAAGCAUUUUUAUUGCCUAAACCGAAAAAAUAAGGAUUUGAGAAGGGAAACUACCCAAAACAACCCACUUCCCACUGAGGAACGACAAUAAAGCACAACAAUCUUUAACACAAAUUACAUUUACGCUGUGUAAUAUCUUUGGUUUCGGUUUUUAUUACUAUUAUUUAUUAAGUCCUUGCAUGUUAGCAAUAUAGCUUUCUCAUCAAGUUGUGUCUCAGACUGGCAACCAUGUGAUCUGUUUUGGUCUCCACCAAUUUCCAAGGAAAACAUUGAAACCCUCCACUGUGUUGUUACCAUGAAAACAAUAGAAUGAAAAUAAAAGUGUACCACAAAACAACUGAUAUUAUAGGUUAGAUUAACACAUGACAAUCAAAUGGCUUUAAUGCUAUGUAAAGGUGAAGGGGAAUAAAUAGCAAAUGCCCUUUUUGAUAGAUUAGUGCAGCUCUAAAUGUACUUUCUGUUUUCUUAAAACUGACAAUAAGCUGUCUACAUAUGUGCUAAUCACUGAUCCAGAGUUACAAGAAUGGAUCCAAAACUCAGUCACAUGCAGUAUUUGGUAAGACUUCCUUACUUUAGUCAGGAGUUGCUGUUCAUGUAUCAGGUGACAAAAAGCAGAUGUUAGGCACUCACUGUGGUGUCUGAUAGGCCUGACAGGCUUUUGUAAGGAUAACCACAAACACAAAUGUUGUCAUCAAACUGACACGAUCCGGGUUUUACCUCAGGGAAGUGAAAAUGUUCUGUCACAGAGAGUUAAUGUUUGGCCUUGUGAAAUUCACAUGCUGGUACUGGUGAGCCACAUUUAGUGCCUUUGCCUAGGUUACUAGGCUGUUUACACAUAGUACACAUAAAUAAAUUAUUCAUAUAUGAGGUUUAAAUAGCAUAUAUUCAUUUUAUUUGGUUAUGUUUGUACCUGUAACUACUGCCUCUUUCUCCUUUUCCUCCACU